AUGAGCAUUGUAACCAGCGAAAUACCGGAGGAGCCUAAAGUCGAAGAUAUCUCGCUCUGGGGCGUCGAGGAAGUGCUCAUUUGGUUGGAGCAGACACUAUGCAUUUCUGGGCCAGAGGACAGUGAAAUAGACACCGAGGGCGCUUCUGUACAUCCUUCAUCGCGCGACAAGGUUCGUGAGAAUUUUCGCGAAAAUUCAAUUGACGGUUCUGCAAUACUGGAGCUGGAUCUAGACGACUGCAAGCAAUUGCUCAAUAGCGAUGCGAAACUCGCAGUUCAGCUAAAAUUGGAAGUCAACCGGCUGAAGAACCAAAAACGCUCCCAAGAGGACGAAAUACUCGCUGUACUCAGUCAGCUGUACUCCACUGUCAGCGACAAGCUCCAGGAUUUUCAAAGCCAGUAUUCCCGGCUUCGGCUCGACGUUCUCGAAGUGGUCAAGAGAGACCCGGUUUCUUUACCUCAGAGUCAAAACGUAUCCACAGGUUCUGCGUCAUCAUCUCAUGGCCAUGCGCCCCAGCAUGACUACUUCGAGGGACAUCGAGUCGUUAUGCCGUCGUCGCCGAACACCCCAGCCGUUCGCCAGCCUCUCAACAGGUCCACUUCUGGCUCUGUCUUUCACCCUAACCCGUCUGCCUCCACCGUUAGCACGCCAUACUCUGUUCCGACCUCUCAGCCUGCAGCAGGCGUUGGAAAUGAGCCACUGAAGCACAUGCGAGCCUCUAAAGAAGACUCCUGUGAAAGAAUACUGAAAAGCGCCAUGAAGCGACAUGGCCUGAGCGAGCAGGACUGGCGACAAUACGUGUUAGUCAUCUGCUAUGGCGACCAGGAACGUAUACUGGAGCUAGACGAGAAGCCCGUGCAGAUUUUUAAAAACCUAAAACAACAGGGUCUACAUCCGGCGAUCAUGCUGCGGCAACGCGGGGACUUUGAAGAAGUAAGUAACGGGCUGACUCCGGGUGGGAGACUAUAG